AUGGCUGCCGAGGACAAGUUUGAAUCGGUUCUUUCGACGCGCUACUGCAAGAACAGUCCGCUCGUGAAGAUCCUUUCGGAGACGAACAAAGCGACCCUCUGGAGACAACUGUGGAUCUGGCUUGCCGAAUCGGAAAAGGAGCUGGGGCUGAAACAAGUCACUCAAGAAGCGAUUGACGAAAUGAAAGCCCAAAGGGACCACUUUGAUUGGCCGUUCAUCCGAGCCGAAGAGCGCAAGUUGAAGCACGACGUGAUGGCUCACAAUCACGCGUUCGGGAAGAUCUGCCCAACGGCUGCCGGGAUCAUUCAUCUCGGAGCCACAUCGUGUUUCGUUCAGGACAACGCCGACCUGAUCGCCUAUCGCGAAUCCAUCGAUCACAUUCUCAAACGGUUCGCCACCGUCAUCGACCGUCUCGCCGUGUUCUCUCUGAACAACAAGGAAGUCGUGACGGUCGGACGAACUCAUUACCAAACGGCUUCUCUCGUUACCGUCGGAAAAAGAGGAGUUCUGUGGGCUCAGGAGCUUUUAAUGGCGUUCCAGUCACUGGCCGAGUUCCGUGAUAAGAUGAGAUUCCGUGGGAUCAAAGGCGCCACCGGAACGCAAGAUUCGUUCCUCACUCUGUUCGCGGGAGAUGAGAGCAAAGUGGAAGACUUGGACGAGUUGGUGACCAAGAAGACCGGAUUCGCCCGACGCUUCCUCAUCUCAGGACAGACAUACUCCAGACAACAGGACUCGCAGCUAGUCUUCUCGCUCUCCUUGCUCGGAGCAGCCGCCAAGAAAGUCUGCACGGACAUUCGCAUUCUGCAGGCGUUUGGAGAACUGCUCGAGCCGUUCGAGAAGGACCAAAUCGGAUCGUCUGCGAUGCCGUACAAAAAGAAUCCGAUGAAAAGUGAAAGAUGCUGCUCACUGGCCAGAAAACUCAUCAAUGCUCCUCAAGAGGCGCUCACAAUCCUUGCUGAUCAAGGACUUGAACGGACACUCGAUGACUCGGCUGGAAGAAGAAUUCUGAUUCCGGACGUUCUUCUCACUUCUGAGGCUCUUCUCACUACUCUUCAGGUGCGUCCUUUCAGUUAAAAGACCCCUUCACUUUCUCUGUUGCAGAACAUCUUCGAAGGGCUCACUGUCCAAACUGACAAUGUCAAGAAGAUCGUGGACGACGAGAUAGCAUUCCUCGGACUCGAGAAGGCAAUGAUGAUGCUGACCGAAGAAGGCGUUGAUAGACAACAGGCGCACGCUGUAAUCCGGAAGACUGCCCUCGACGCGAAGCAAUUGCAAGCCACUCAGAAGGUCGACAUCCGUCAGACAUUGGCCGAUCCGUUCUUUGACUCGGUAACUUAUAUUUCCCUUAUCUUUUCUCAGUCACUUCUUUUUCAGGUUCGCGAACGUAUCGUCGGACUCGUCAACAAUCCGAUCAACUUCACCGGUCGAUGCGUUUCCCAAACGGAGAACUUUAUUGCAAAAGAGCUGAAGCCGGCCAUCUCCAAGUAUUUGGAUCAGUCUGCCGGGAACGUUCACCUCGAUGUCUGAAUUAGUCGACUCUUUAUUCUUUCUACUUUCCGGUUUUGUAGCAAAGUAGUUGUGAUUUUCAUCCCUUGUUGAUUCAAAUUUGAAUAAACGUUGGUUGCCUCCUUCCCCGUUCGCCCCGUUUUGUCACGUAGCUUAUCGUUCUGCGAAUACUUCUUUCCCUCUUGUCGUCCCAUCUUAUUACCACCUAUUUUAGGCAUAAUGAUUCCCGUAAAAGAUGCUCUGUAUCAGUCGUGCUACUGCGAAGAGAACGUGUACAAACUGAUCGAGCGGGUCGGCAAAUGCGAAGGACUCUACGCGAUUUUUAUUUCGAAUGACUGUCAGAUGGUCCCGCUGUGGAUGCAGAAAUCGGCAGAUGAUCCAUUGUGAGAAAGCGUUUCGAGUUCAAUUAAUCUGAAUCUUUUGCGUUUCUUCAGAGGCUUUGUAGUGUGGGACUACCACGUAAUUGCGAUACAAAAGGAGAAAAAAGGCUCAAAAGUGUACGAUUUGGAUUCGAGAUUAGACUGGGGAGUGAGCUUCGAAACGUAUUGGAAAGAAACAAUGCGCUGGAACGACACCUAUUCAUCACGUUUCAGAAGGUUCGGCCGAACGAAUCCGGUUGUCAUGAUAUAAAAACAAUUUUCAGAAAAUUCCGUGUAAUAUCCAGUCCGGCCUACCUCACUCUCCUUUCCUCCGACCGUUCUCACAUGAAAAGUCCUGACGGAAAUUUUCUGAAACCGCCUCCAGAGUGGCCUGUGAUUAACCCACAACUGCCGUCGAAUCUCAUGCAACUCAUCAAGUUUUCGGAACAUUUCGAUGACACUCAAGUGAUGAACGAACACGAAAUCUUCGGCUUCUUUUCCACGUAA